UGUAAUAUUUUACGAGCCGCUCUCGUCUUUAUUGUCUGGCAUAAAGAGUUCAGUGCUCUGUGGGCGCAUCGUCGACGACUCGGAAUAAGAAUAAGUCGAAUCUCUCUAUUGAUUCACCUGGAAACCAAAUCGAUAUCCGUACGAGGCACAGGCGCUCACUUCGUUACGGAUCGGCCAACUUUCCUCGAAUCGUCCGUUGAGUUCGUCGCCUAUUUGACAAAUCUGCCAAAUUUUGUGGCCUCGAGAAUAAUUUUUGUUGCGAAAAGAUUACGGUUCUACGAAAAAUACUGUGAUCUUCUAAAAGUCUUCUAUGUGUGAGGAAAGUGCAGAAAAAAAAUAUGGCAUUAUGGAACAUUAAACGUUAAACAUUACGUUAAAUAAAACUUAUAGUUUAACAAUGGAUUAAUUUAAUGCAAUCCAGAUUAAUUUGGAGAAAUUUUGGAACCAGGAAAAAGUGCGUGAAAAUAUUUUUUAUCCGUGUAAUAGAAUUAAGAUCAAUAUUUCGAAUUGUUUUAAAAAGUGGCAGGAAGAUAACAUAUUGGAUUUCGAGAAUGAAUAAGAAACAUAAUAAUCCGUCGUUGGAAGAUGAGAACUUGGAGAUUUCCGAAGACCCUCAAGAGCCGAAGGAUUUGUCAAAAGAGGUGGAAGGGAAACCAGUGUUUCGCAAGUACCGCACAAAGCAUAUGAAGCUAUUUCCGGAAUUAUAUCGAAGUGACGUCUCGAUUCAUCCCAGCUACACCGGUUUGAAAAUCUUGCCGUACCAUGUGGUCUGCAGGCAUCGCGUGCAAAGGAUUAAGCAACAGUCAUUUCGGCAGCUAAAUCGCGAGAUCGCGCAUUUCGCCAUGAGCCAAAUGUUUGCUCUCGAUGGUGUAAGGAUCGAUCGCGUCUUCAGCGUCGGUAUGUCGCCGAAGAUGCUGAUUGUGCUGGAUCCGUUGACAGAGAAAGAAAGACGCCGACUGAACGAGCUCAUUCGAGAUCCUUAAGAAAAUCCUUCGCGUGUAAUU